UGCAGGGACCAAGUGCAGCACUCCAUUUCAUGGGACUUAUAUAUUCUCUUAUUCUCACCCCAUCUCACUAACUUUGCAUUUUUCUCCAAAAAUGGAUCCUUCCUUUGUUUUAAAAUCCUUGUUCCUUCAUGUUGUUCUUAUGUUCUGCUUCCUUGGUGCAACCAGAGUGGAUGCAAGUGACCCUCAGUUGACACUGGAUUACUAUGCAUCAACUUGUCCCACAGUAUUUGAAAUUGUUAGGAAGGAAAUGGAAUGUGCAGUAUCUUCUGAUCCCCGUAACGCCGCCUCUAUAGUUCGGCUUCACUUCCAUGACUGCUUUGUUCAGGGCUGCGAUGGAUCAAUUUUGCUUGACGAUACAGUCACACUCAAAGGUGAGAAGAAAGCAGCUACCAAUAUCCACUCUCUAAAAGGCUUUGAACUUGUUGAUCGAAUCAAUAACUUAGUUGAAUCAGAGUGCCCUGGAAUUGUUUCAUGCGCUGAUAUUCUCACUAUUGCUGCUAGAGAUGCUGUGAUUCUGGUUGGUGGACCAUACUGGGAUGUUCCUGUAGGAAGAAAGGAUUCUGUCACUGCAAAUUUUGAACUUGCCAUUACCAAUCUUCCAACUCCAGAUGAGAGCCUUCUCUCUAUCAUCUCCAAGUUUCUUUAUCAAGGCCUAUCAGUCACAGAUAUGGUAGCCCUUUCAGGAGCACACACCAUUGGCAAGGCAAGGUGUAAGAGUUUCAGAUCAAGAAUUUAUGGAGACUUUGAAUCAAAUUUAGUGAAAAAUCCAAUCUCUGAUAAUCACCUCAACAACCUAAGAUCUGUGUGUCCACCUUCUGGGGGAGGAGACAAAAACGAAACAGCAUUGGACUAUGCGACCCCUGAUCUCUUUGAUAACUCUUUUUACCACUUACUGUUAAAUGGGGAGGGACUUCUUAACUCAGAUCAAGAAAUGUACUCAAGUUUGUUUGGAAUUGAAUCGAGAGCGCUUGUCAAGAAGUAUGCAGCAGAUCCUCUGGCUUUCUUCCAGCAAUUCUCUGAUUCAAUGGUGAAAAUGGGAAAUAUCAUAAAUUCAGAAAGCUUCAUCACUGGAGAAGUAAGGAAAAGCUGCAGAUUUGUGAACACAUAAACUCCACUUUUGGUGUUUUAUUAUGUACGUCUAGUUUGUUUCCACACACAAAGAACCACCAAUUUUAUCAAUUUCAUACAGCCAUAGCAAAUUGUUAUGUCAAAUCUAAGCAAGCAAUUAUAAAAUGAAGAAAUGAAGUGAGAAGUUGAGGAUUUC